ACCCACCUUCCAAUUGGCCAUGUUUACUUUCUUUAGUUUUAUUUAUACGCAAAAAACACAGCUAAGCCUCUCCUCCUCCCACUGCCACUGCCACUCCCAGUUCCCACUUUCCAUUUCCACAUCCUCUUUUGCACUCGUUCCAACUCUACUUACUCUUAUAUAAAUCCUUCCCACCAGCCUUCUUUAACAUAAAGCUGAUAAAAGAGUAAAUUUCCCUCACUUUCUCCUUCCCUUCAAUUAUCGGCUAAUUGAAAUGGCCCUGUCUUCAUCAAUAUCCAUAUCACCAAGAAAGCUCAGAAAUGAUCUCUACUCACAUUCGUAUCAAGAAGAUUCCAACAUCCCAUUGGUCAUUUCCGUUCUUUCUUCUCUGAUUGAAAGAACCCUGGCAAGAAACGAGAGAAUUGCCAAGAAAUGUACGUGGACCUCGACAACGUUGUCCAAAGAUGUUAGAACCAGGGUUUUCGACUGCCACGAGUCGCCGGAUAUGACUAUUCAGUCCUACCUGGAGAGAAUUUUCAGGUACACCAGAGCUGGACCUUCGGUCUAUGUUGUUGCAUAUGUGUAUAUCGAUCGAUUUUGCCAGUUAUACUCCGAAUUCCGAAUCAGUCCCCGGAAUGUACAUAGGCUUCUUAUCACAACUAUUUUGGUCGCAUCCAAAUAUGUGGAAGACAUGAAUUAUAGGAAUUCUUAUUUUGCACGAGUUGGGGGAUUGACAACAAAGGAAAUUAACAAAUUGGAGCUGGAAUUCUUGUUCUUGAUGGGGUUCAAGUUGCACGUAAAUGUAAGUGUUUUCGAGAGUUACUGCUGCCAUUUGGAAAGAGAAGUGAGCAUCGGAGGAGGGUAUCAAAUUGAGAGGACAAUCCGAUGUGCCGAAGAAAUCAAGUCAAAGCAAAGAGAACAAAGAGGCUACAGUCAAAUUGCUAGAGUUUUGUUAUAGAAGAUCACCAAUAGAGAGAGUAAUUCAUGCUGCAAUUUUAAUUUAUUACCGCCUGUUGCUGUAAAUUUUUUUUUUUUUGUUUUUUUUUUGUUUUGGGGGUACAAAAUUGUAUAGAAGAAUUUUCCUUUUAAUGCUUAAAACUGUUGUGCCCAGCAUUUAUGUAGCUUGGUGCGGUACAAUUAGCAAUUAAAGCUUGUGGGCUAUUUCUAUCUUUUUACCUUCACAU